AUGGCUCCCCAAUUCACGGUCCCGCCCGCCCCGACUUGGUACACCGCGGUGCCUCCCAUCCAGCCCAAGGCGGACUUGCCCACCCCCACCCCUACCCAGCUCGCAUCCCUCGCCUCGCGCGCUGAGACGCUCCUACACGAAGACUCUAAGCGUUACCAGGAGUCUUCCGCUGUGCAGUCCGCAUCCGACGCGCAUUUCAUCAAGACCGUGCUCGCGACCGGUACGCUCUCCGACAGGCUCAGUGCGCUCACGCUCCUCGUGCAAGCGAGCCCAAUACACAACACCGCGGCGCUCGACAGCCUGCGCGCGAUGGCCCAACGCGGGCGCGCAAAGGGCGGCAGAGACGAGGGGCUCAAGGCCGUGCGCUGCGUAGUGGAUUGGUGGGUCGGCGGUGGAGGACCGGGAAGGAAGCUCAAAUACUUCCGAGACCAGCCUCUCCUACAUCCGGACGUGGACGACGCGCACCUGCUCAUCUGGCACUUCGAGGACUGGCUCAAGAAGUUCUUCUUUUCCAUCCUGCAAAUCCUCGAGACGUUCUCCCUCGACCCCCUCACCUACGUCCGCACGCAAACGCUCGCCUUCCUCGCCACGUUCCUCCGCGCGCAGCCCGAACAGGAGCAGAAUUUGCUGCGCCUCCUCGUGAACAAGCUCGGAGACACAGAAAAGUCAGUAUGCUCGCGCGUGUCCUACCACCUUCUGCAGAUCCUCCAGGCGCACCCUGCGAUGAAGGGCGUCAUUGUGCGCGAAGUGCGCGCACUCAUCUUCCGCCUCCCCUCCUCCACCGCGGCGCAGGCCGCGCCCGCGAACCCCGCGGGCACCCACAUCCGGUUCGGCGACGCGGACUCCUCUUCGUCCAAGCCCAAGUCCAAAGGCAAGAAAGACGCAGCGGCGAAAGCGGACCCGCAGUCUCGAUGGAACUCGCACGCGUGGUAUUACGCCUCCGUGACGCUGAAUCAAGUGGUGCUCACACCGUCCACGGUGGACCGCGCUGUCGCGCGCAUGCUCGUCGACUCGUACUUUGAGAUGUUCGAGGAGAUCCUCGGGUCGAAGGGCGACGAUGACGAUGCGGAGCCCGAGGGCGAGGUGGUAGACGCGAAAGAGGACAAGUCUGGUCGAGGAAAAGGCAAGGACAGAGGCCCACCCCGGGAGAAGAAGAAACCAAAGGUCAAGGAGACGAAGGGCGCAGCUGGGUUCGCCGAGGUCGAGGACACCUCGUCCCGCCUCAUCGGCGCGAUUCUGACGGGCGUGAACCGUGCGCUGCCCUUCGCGCAAAUGCACCUGAGCGACGACAGCUCUGCAGUGUUCCAAAAGCACAUCGACACGCUCUUUCGCAUCACGCACACCUCGACUUUCAACAUCUCGCUCCAAGCCCUCACCCUCAUCCUGCAAAUAUCGACCACGCUCUCCUCCCCCACCACGAAGCAGCCGUCCACGUCGUCUCCGUCGGCUUUCACGACAACGCUCCGGGAUCGAUUCUGUCGCACGCUAUAUGCGUCGCUCACGGACCCGCGUUUGAGUACGUCAAAUAAGCAGGCGAUGUAUCUCAAUCUGCUAUUUAAGGCGAUGAAGGCGGACCACGACGCACAGCGUGUAGCUGCCUUCGUGCGUCGGUUCGUACAGGUGCUCGCGAGCGGUGUGGGCGCCGGCGGAGCGGUCGAGUUCAUUGCUGGUGGUUUGUACCUUCUUGGCGAGCUCUUCAGCACGACUCCCAGUCUGAAGCAAUUGCUCAACGCGUCAAAGUCUAAAACGGCCCCUGUCGCCGACGCGUCGUCAUACGACCCUCGAAAACGCGACCCCCAAUACGCCCACGCGUUCGCGACACCCAUCUACGAGCUCAUCCCGCUCCUCCACCACUACCACCCCGCGAUCUCCCUGCACGCCCGCCAGCUGCUCUCCUCCACCCCCAUCACCGGCUCGCCCGACCUCUCCCAAAACACGCUCUCGCACUUCCUCGACCGCUUCAUCUACAAGAACGCGAAGAAGCCCAAGCCCAAGGGCUCGAGCGCGAUGCAGCCCGGGGCGACCGACAGCGCGCACGGCGUCACGCUCGUGAAGGGCGAGGGCGCGGGGCCCGGCGUGCCCGUCAACGACCAGCGCUUUUGGAGCCGCAAGGAGGAGGAUGUGCCGGUCGACCAGCGGUUCUUCCACGCGUACUUUACGCGCAAGGCCGAGAAGGAGCGCGAGAAGGCGAAGAAGGUCGGGCGGCGCAAGGGCCAUGCGGACGAGUCGGACGAGGACGCGGAUGCGCCCGAGGAUGAUGAGGCUGAGGCUGAGGAGCUGGUUAGCGCGUCGGAGGAUGGGGAGGAGGCGAGCGCGUCCGAGGACGCAGAGGAAGAGGCCGUGAGCGGCGAUGAGAGCGAGGACGGCGGGUUCGACUUGCCGACUAAGGGCCAGAAGCCCGCACCAGCCGACGAUGACGAAGACGAGGAGGAAAACAGCGACGCGGAAGAGGCGGAAAUUUGGAAGGCGAUGAAAGCAACGAUGCCCGCCGACCUCGAGGACGACGACCUUAUGCAGGACAGCGACGAGGACGAUGAUGAGAGCGACGAGGUUCCGUCCGACCUCGACGUCGAGUCGGACGAGGAGGUCGAGGCCGAUGACGAUGACGAUGACGCCGCUGAAGCCGAGAGUGACGAGGAGGCAGACGAAGCGGACGACGACGCCCUCUCACUCGUCGAAGACUCCGACGCGGAAGACCUGCUCCCGCUCGACACCGAGGUGCCCAUGGGUCUCAUCGAGUUUGAUGGUCCUGACGGCGAGGAUGCAGGCGAGGGUGAGGAGUGGGGCGGAAUCUCAGCAACAGCAGAGCAACCCAACGGCAAGCGGAAACGCGACGACGGCGGGAGGAGAGCUCAGCGGAAGAAGCUGCGGGCACUCCCGACGUUCGCGAGCUACGAGGAUUACGCCAAGAUGAUCGAGGACGGCCCAGAAGACAACAUCUAG